AUGGGCGAGAGUGGCAGGUGGCUUGUGCCCUCACAAGGUAUACCUGGCCCGAUUUAUCCGACUGACCUCGGCUAUCUCCGCUUGGCACCCGCCGCUUUAAGCCCUUCCUCGGUGUUCUUUUCUGCUUCUCCUUGAAGUUUUCUCUUCCCAAAUGACCGAUUUCAAAGUUAAAAGUAGUUUUGGUGGAUUCUCGACUCUCCAAAAUUUUCUUUAUUUUUUUCCCCUCUCCACCAGAGUUACUUUGAACGUUGUAUCUUUAGUAAAAAGUAUAAUUUUUUUUUUUGAUUUUGUCAUUAUUUUGAAGUUUUCCAACAGUGAUAGACUAUUAGGAGAGAGUAUUAGAUUUUUUGAAAAAUUCAUUUUUCGGGAUAUUCAUCCCGUGUUUUUUUGUAGUAGUUAUGAACAAACUUAUAAGCUUCCAUAUUUUUAUAAGUUUUUAAAUUUAGGCGCGAAAAAUUUCAAAUUUUUGUUCUCGAUUAGAGUCGCUAUUCAAUUUCUUUCUUUUUCAGAAGAUUUGAAAUUCGCUUUUUUUUUCACCAAAACUAGAUUUUUCUCUUGCUCUCAAAUUUCAGUUUCACGACAUCUCUUCAACUACACCUUUUUUUGAAUGGUUUUUAUUUUAAAAUGGAAGUUUACCUUCAGAAAAAAGUCUUUGUGAUUUUUUGGGUGGUUUUGAGUUUAUUGCAGAUAUUCUUUAAAGAAAAAAAAAUGGCUCUUCACCUUAGAACCUUUGAAAAAUAUCCUCCAUCAAAAACUUGAGCAAGAACUUGUAUCCUGUUGAAGUCUAGAACAGAAUUUUAUGAAAAACUACAUUUUCGAAAAAUUUUGCUGCUCUUUGCGGAACUAAUUUUCUCAGUAAUCACCAAAAAUAGGGUUUCCAUUUCUCGUUUCGCUUCCCUGAUCCGCCCUCCCAUUUUUUUUCGGCACUUCUAAAAAAAGACAUUAAUCUUCACGCUCAACCGAGCUCUGGAGCCUCGGAAAAAAGAACAGAAGGCGGAGGCGGCGAAGCCUCUACACCCACACAUGUAUCCAGAAGAGAUAAGGCUCUCCAAAAUGAGCGAAUAUCUCGCGGCGAUCUCCAUGUCGGCCGCAGUUUAUUCAUCAGUGCAUAAUUUGGAUCUCGAGUGUCGUUUCGGGUCUCCAAUUUGCGUUGGAGCUGGAGCAGAUUCCAUCAUUUGGCCCCCAAACAUCCUCCAGCUUCCGUCUUUCUGGGUGUUCCGCUUCCUUGCCUCAUUAACUUUCGCCACCAACUGA